CUGUAAAUGCAGCCAUGCCCGCUCUCAGGCUUCUCUCUGCUGUACCCCCUGUUCUUGACGUUCGUAAUGGCUGACAAGGUCCAAAGAAUAUAAUCGUAAUACAUUUGAGGUGUAGUGACAAGCUGUUUUUUAUUAGCGAAGAUAAUCAAUUUUUAUUUCCGCUCAUUUUGUUCUUCUAUCAGUACGCAGUUGUGGAUUAUAAAUCUGAGGAACCAAUUUCCUACCACGAUGAGUGGCAAAGAAUUUGAUCCAUGCGAAUGUAUGCAGUAUCAUUUGUCCAUACAGCAUUUACUUUCUAUUUUGCGACAAUCACAGGACUAUUGUACGGAUAUUGAAUGUCUUAAUGUAUCUAGAUUAUCAGAACCUCAAGUCGUCCAGGAAUCUCCAAUUUGUUUCCUUAAUAUUUGUCUAAUUUUGGGUGCUAUUAUUUUCAUGUAUGCAUUAAGACCAAGAUCUUUGCAACAAUUGAGCAAUGAUAUUAUUAAAAGAAACAAAAAUGAACCUAUUUAUUUGUGUUUACAGGAUUCACGUCAUGAUCCACCCUCGUCACCACCGCCAGCACAUUAAUAAUAUAAUAAGUAUCGUUGAAGAUUUAUUAUAUAUGAAAUCUAGUAAUAUAGUUUAGUAAUAUUACGACGGAAGAACAAGGAAAAGAUUAUUUAUACACUAAUAAGUAAUGCAUACAGUAAUAAGUAAUGCAUAAAGUUAAUGUUCAUGAAGUUAACGAGUAAGACAUACUUUAGUGAGAUGUAUUAGUUAAAUUUUUUGUAUAUAAAAUACGCAUUUUCUGAACGUGCUAUAAUUGUAAUUUCAUACAAUGCACAUGAAUUUCUUUUUUUUCUAUACAUCUGAUAUAUUACUGAUAUUCCUGAUAUAUAAUUCUUAUGCUUAAAAUAUAUGCGAGCAUUCUAUAACAUAUUUUAAAUAUAACUUCCCGAAAAAGUAAAAGUAAUAAUAAAAUUUAACAAUUGCGUGACUAAUAUGAGAACGGUAAUAAGAUGUUUAUAUUGAUGUUCUAUAUAAUGAUGCUUUACACUUAAUCGCGUCUUUCAAAACUAGUAAUAAAUGUUAACAUCUAUUGAUAACGCUCAUUUUAACUAGUUUAUAAUUUGAGCGAAUAUAGAAUGCAUAGUUUCAUUUGCAAAGAAGCGUUUAAAUAAUUAAAUAAUUAUAUCUAUGAAUGUAUACAUGUAGACGUACAAUUAUGUAUUUCUUAAAUUUUUUCUUUGUAUUACACAAGUAGAAGUGCAAAUUAGAUUAACUAAAAUAUAAAAAUGAACGUAAUUGCGCAACAAUAAGAAUAUAUUUGUGCGUAUGUGCGCGCGCGUAUAUGUGUGUGUGGUGUAUAAUCUAUCGAAAAAACGACAUUGAAAGAAUAAGUACUUGUGGACGAAUAGUCAAAAUAUAGUUACUUGUUUGAUAUUUAUAUCUAAAAUAUAAAUAUGAACACGGUUAUAUAUAUAUAUUACGCGUGUCCGUCUCGCGCGUACCGGAUCCGCGAAAUGAACCAACAUGGGAUUAGAGGAAAAGAAGAACUCCGCUUUACUUCCAAUAUGUACAGACUCACGAAAAUCCUCUCGUCUUAACAAUAUUAAAAAGAAACAUCUAAGUCACGUCUGCUCGCGGCGACGGCUCGUGACAGACUCUG